GCCACACCGUAUUACUUCUCGUCCUCCACUUCCACAUUCCUCCUCCACCACCACCACCACCACCAACGCCAACUGAACCACAAACUCUACCACCACCAAACUUCCGUCAAUACCACUGCCACCACUACCAUCGCCACCGCUACGCCAAGUCUUCAUUCUUGCACAAUUCAUAGGGCCUUUGGUCUCUUCCUUCGCAAUCGUGUCCGCUCUGUUCUCCCCUUCUCCCUACCGGUACUUCGACUUCCACUUCUAAAAAUCAUUCUCUCCUGCCUCUUUCUUCUACAUCCCCCCUCCUCACCCUCACACCGGUUUCAACUUUUCCCGGCAACACCAAUAACUGCCCCUGGUUUGCUUUCACCCUCGUCUCCAAUCUACGAUACUACGAGACCUCGCCAGCCGGACCGACCCCGAUUCUACUUGGUGAAUUAACUCGCUAUCCCGAACCCGCAACACCACUGCAUUUUCUAGCAACCAAUAAUAAGCCAAACAACACUAUACUCUAAUAGGUGCCCACACGGUGUUGUGAUCUGCUUAUCACUUCUGGACUCAAAUCACAGUACCUUUCGGCAUCUUUUUUUGACAUCCGAUUCCACAAAUGGCGACUGCUCUCGCCGACCAACUUGAGGCGACAUCGUUAGGGUAAGUGGUACCAUGAAUCCUUUCAUUCCCUUCGUCGAUGUGCUGACUAUCGCUAACUAUUGCUAUUAGGGGAGGCCAAGACCCAAACUGGUGCUCCAAACUGAAGGCACCGAAGAAGGAUCUUAGGCCACAAACUGAGGUUUGUUUACUCAAUUCCCUACAUUCUAGUUGCUCUGUACGAGUUUAAGCUAACCCUCUGCUAGGAUGUUACCGCUACUAAAGGCCUCGAUUUCGAAGAUCUCUACAUCAAGCGGGAGUUACUAAUGGGUAUUUUUGAGGCUGGUUUUGAAAAGCCUUCUCCUAUACAGGAGGAAACUAUACCCGUGGCUCUUACCGGUCGUGAUAUGCUUGCUCGGGCGAAGAAUGGAACCGGAAAAACAGCAGCCUUUGUUAUCCCAGCUCUGGAGAGAGUAAAUCCAAAGAGCACGAAAACCCAGGCCUUGAUUCUCGUACCUACCCGAGAACUCGCUCUGCAAACUUCGCAGGUUUGCAAAAGCCUUGGAAAGCAUCUAGGCAUCAAUGUUAUGGUUACCACUGGUGGAACAGGAUUGAAAGAUGAUAUCAUUCGACUCAACGAACCCGUUCACAUCCUAGUUGGAACUCCUGGUAGGAUCCUUGAUCUCGCAGGAAAAACUGUUGCCGAUUUUAGCGAAUGUCCAACGUUUAUCAUGGAUGAGGCGGAUAAGCUGCUCAGUCCUGAGUUUACACCGAUUAUCGAGCAGCUCCUCGCAUAUUUCCCUAGUGACCGUCAAAUAAUGCUUUUUAGUGCGACGUUCCCCCUUGUCGUCAAGAGCUUUAUGGUAAGUAUUCUGCUUCCCUACACUGCGGCCGUUUGUUUGACAAAUAACUCUUCUAGGAUAAACACCUUAACAAGCCAUAUGAAAUAAAUCUAAUGGACGAGCUCACACUCAGAGGUGUGACACAAUAUUAUGCGUUCGUAGAGGAGAAGCAGAAAGUUCAUUGUCUAAACACUCUAUUUUCUAAGGUACUUUCCAAUGGCCUGUUGUGGCUUUGCUUAUAGAAACUGACAGUCAUAUUUCAAAGCUUCAAAUUAACCAAUCUAUCAUCUUCUGUAACUCGACCAAUCGUGUUGAACUGCUAGCCAAGAAAAUCACAGAGCUUGGCUACUCCUGUUUUUACUCUCACGCAAAAAUGCUUCAAAACCAUCGUAAUCGUGUUUUCCACGAUUUUAGGGGUGGCGUCUGCCGUAACCUCGUGUGCUCAGAUCUGCUCACUCGUGGUAUCGAUAUCCAGGCUGUGAAUGUCGUUAUCAAUUUCGAUUUCCCUAAGAAUGCGGAGACAUACCUCCAUCGUAUUGGCCGUUCAGGCAGGUUUGGUCAUCUUGGCCUUGCGAUUAAUCUCAUCAAUUGGGAUGAUAGGUGAAAUAAGCUUGUCUUUCUCGGCUGGUAUAGCUACUAACAUUGCAAAGGUUUAAUCUUUAUAAGAUCGAACAGGAACUUGGUACAGAAAUUUUUCCAAUACCUCCGGUGAUUGAUAAAAAGCUCUACGUCUAUGACUCCCCUGAGAGCAUUCCACGACCGCCCCCUGCGCCGCAACAACCUCGCCAGGAGACACGCGAACACAACCAACGGCAAAGCACUCAACAUCAGAACCAAAGUUCUCAACAACAGUACCAAUCGCGUCAAAACCAACACCAUGCCGAAACCCCCGGAAACCCACAACAGCAACAACAGCAACGUCCUAUGAGCCAUAGGCAACAGGGCCCAAGGAAUUAUCAAAAUUCCGGACCCCAUCGGGGUCCGUUUCAGGAACCUGGCGGCGCCGGGCGGGGACAAGGACAAAAUCGGCGCCCCCCCAGAUAUGACGACCGCCAGGGGAGGUCGAACGGGUUCGGACCGGGUGAUCCUGGGCCGACUUCACGAGCUCAAUAGCUCGUGCGAUUCAUCUCUUAAUUUACUGGGGGUGGGCUGAUCCGGAGGAGAGAAGGUGGGGGUGUGUUUCUAGCGGUGUUGUGAUAUACAAUUUCGAGUGCUAAAAUGGGAAGGGGUUUAUGGGGUAAUAUCGCGAACCAAAUCACGAUUCGACAUGUGGAGGAAUGUACAUUACGAUAAACGGAUUGGGGAAAUGUCUGUUGGAGUGCACGGCAUGCAAAACAGACAGCAUUUGAUCACUCGGACGAUCGGGAUUCUUCUCUUUUCUUGAUCGGGCUUUGUAAAGUUCUCUAUUUCUUUAGUUUCUUGGUUUUUCCCUUGUUCGUUUUUCGCUUUUCACCACUUCCUCUCUUUUUUUUCCUCGGGACGGUGGGAAUGAUAUGAUGCUGGGGUUGGGUUUUUGAGGCGCAUGGAUUUUGUAUUCCGUUUUCUUUCUCUUUUCUUUCUUGCUUGCAUGGGUUUGCGGUUGUAGUUUUUGUUCUCUUGGUCCGUCGUUUCCAUUUGGUCCCGGAUACAUAUCACACUGCUUGGGUUCUUUUCUUUUCCUUUCCUUUUUUUGAUGGUUACUUUUUCGCACGAACCAGAUACGGAUGGGCUAGUAUCUGCGUGCGUAUGAAGGAGGGGUGCGCGAGAGUGGUAGUGAGGUGUGUCCGGAAGCUAUGGGUUGCGUUUGUCAUUGAUGCGUAUCUGAUCCAAUCCUAUACGCCGGAAUUCAACCUACGAAAAAACUUGCGAAACAGGAGGUAUACACCAUGGGCUGGGUUGGGGUAUACCGGGGGGAACUAUCGAUCUUGCUACGACAACAAACUUGAUCUGGAUAGUGAAUGGAGACAAAUGCCGCUAUCUAGGGCACAAAAUUCGAACCACUGCAGUCACGGGCAUGGAUGGGUCGGUGAAAGGGAUAGCCAUCGUACUGGUUCCUUUCCUGAUGAUGACGGCAGUGCUACAACAAAAACGAUGUUACGGUCUUGAUCCACAAUCUUCUUUUAGUGCGUUCCACCACCUUUCUGGCUUAAUCCUCGCGCCAAAAAUGACGGGUAUCAGCGGACAGACGCCCGAAUGGAUACGUAUUCGAUGUCACCAAUAUUCGGGGAGCGAAACCGACAAAAAAAAUAUAAAAAAAUAGAGACGAGACACACGGAAAGAAAGACUUAAACAACAUCCUCAGGCGAACGAAGGGGGGGGGGGAAGAAAAUCGAGUUCGAAAACGAGCAGAGCCGACACGGAGUGGGGUUGCUCCCUUAUUCAUCCAAGAGCUCUUUACAAAAUUUUCUUCAUUUUUUCAUUCCUUCUUUUUCCUUCCUCUUUGUUGCAGCGGGAUAAAACAAGAUGGGAUGCCUGUUUUCGUCUCGACAAUACCGUGUGUUAGGUAUCCGUUAUUGGCCAAUUCCUGUAUGGACACAUUGGAAGGGAGUUGGUAUGAUAAUGAAUAAUUUUCCGUCUCUAAAAUCUUAGGUUUUGUACUUGCCUUGUGUUGAGUUUGUGUGUGCGUGCGCGGAGUAAUUGUCGAGUGAUAAGGGUGGCUGUAGGGAAGAGUAUUGGCACUAUGGCUGGCGAGUGCAUUGUAUUCCGUCCAGGAUAGGGGGGGGGCACUGUACCCCUGGCUUUUACCAUAUUAUGCAUAUAUCUAUCAGCAGAA